CUCAGCAGUCACAGCGCGAGCGCCACUGACGACUGGAGACAGAUGCUGCUGCAACGCUGAACACCUGUUGCCAAGGAAACUGCAGCCGGCGGGAAAACCACCAGUUAAAGCCAAUAAAAAGUAAAAGAAAUUUGUCACCUGGCCAAGUGUUUCCUUCUCUUGUAAAUCUCUAGAGCCGUUACAGACCAUCAGCCAUGUCGCCUGCAGUGCUGCUCAAUCUGCUGCGUUGUGGCCGCUCCUCCAUUGCUAGAAAAACCCUCCUCACUGUACGAUCCUCAUCUGAAACCUCCACUCCAUCAGGGCAGGUGGCCGGAGCACUGCUGGGGGUGUUGGGUGUACGGUGGGCCACCGGGUCAGCCCGAUUCGACAGUGAUGGCAGUGGCCGGCCAGUGACUUGGGACUCAUUUGGCAUUUGGGACAACCGGAUAGAAGAACCAAUACUGCUGCCUUCCAGCAUCAGAUACGGAAAACCAAUUCCACAUGUCAGUUUGUCUCGGGUUGGCAGUGCAUCUGUUUUGGGUCUCAGGAAGCAGAACGAGGACCGUCUCCGCAUCUCCUGUAUCCAUGAAAACCUAUUGUACUUUGCUGUCUUUGAUGGCCAUGGUGGCCCCCAUGCUGCUGACCACUGCUACACCUUCAUGGAGAAAUUCAUCAGAGACGCUUUGGAGGAGGAUGAUGACCUGGAGAGAGUUUUAAAGAAAGCCUUUUUGGAUGCUGACAAGGCUCUCCAUACGCAUCUCAACUACUUCAAGAAUGCCUCUUUCCUGACAGUUGGCACCACGGCAACAGUUGCUAUGCUACGUGAUGGUGUGGAGCUGGUGGUCGGCAGUGUCGGUGACAGUCGGGCGAUGCUGUGCAGGAAGGGACGAGCCAAAAAGCUCACCAAAGAUCACACACCUGACCGGAAAGACGAGAGGCAGCGGAUACAGAGGUCUGGUGGUUUUUUGACGUGGAACAGUGUGGGUCAAGCAAAUGUUAAUGGACGUCUCGCCAUGACACGCAGCAUUGGAGACUUCCACCUGAAAUCCAGCGGCAUCAUCGCAGAGCCUGAAACACAACGAGUCACCGUCAAACAUGCUGAUGACUCCUUUCUGGCUUUGACCACAGAUGGCAUCAACUUCCUGCUGAGUGACCAGGAGAUCUGUGAUAUCAUCAACAAGUGCCAGGACCCCACCGAGGCUGCUGAUGUCAUUGCUCAGCAGGCGCUGCAGUACGGGUCAGAAGACAACUCCACCAUUGUCAUUAUCCCACUUGGAGCUUGGGGGAAACAUAAAAGCUCCACCGCCAUCUACAGCAUGAGUAGGAACUUCGCUUCAAGUGGAAGAUGGGCAUAAACCACACAAACAAAACCACAAAGAUUAACUUAACUUUUCCUCAAAUUGUACAAAAAUCCAUAUCAGACUCCAAAGCAUCCCAACCUUCACCUGUAUGUAUCCCAAAAUGCUCUGGCCCAAAGAAAUACUUCAGUGUCAUCAUGUUAGUUCAUAGCUGACUCAUCAUCAGUGUAAAUAUAGUGUAUUAUAAUAUAUGUUGUACAUACAGAGAGAAAUGCUGCAGUGUUUGUCCAGUAUGUUAUAUUUGUAAAAUAGUGAGCUUUGCUUUUAGACAAAAACAUUUUCACAUUCUUCAUGUCUUAUCUUCAAAGUGGUGGCAGAUCUUGUGUUUUUACUGCCUUAAAAUUAAUUUAAAUUUUCAAAAUUUUUAUUUUCUAGAGAUGUCAGAAGUUCAGGUUGGACUUGAGUUUAACAAAACAACUGAAAACAGCUCAAAGAUAAAUGACAGCCCAUUUGUUUUUUUCUCCUUACCUGAUUUGAUACAGUGGUUUGCAACAGUAUUAAACUACUUGAUGCAUU